ACACAAAACCCAUUCUUUCACGUUUUUCUCUUCCCACCCAACCCAAGGCCCAAACCAACUCCCUCCAAAGUCCAAACUACGAACACUGUCUCCCUUUCUAUCUCUCUGCAAAAAUUUUCUGAGAAAAUCCAGCGAGAAAAUUUGCAAAUGUCCAAUUUCCUGUCCAACACUAAUCCGAACCCGAACAAGUCCUUCGAGGUGAAUCAGCCUCCCACUGAUUCUGUCUCCAGUCUCAGUUUCAGUCCCAAAGCCAACUUCCUCGUAGCCACUUCUUGGGACAAUCAGGUUCGCUGCUGGGAGGUAGCACGGAAUGGAGUAAAUGUGGCCACUGUCCCCAAGGCUUCUAUGACGCACGAUCAUCCAGUUUUGUGCUCUACAUGGAAAGAUGAUGGCACAACUGUCUUCUCUGGUGGUUGUGAUAAGCAAGUGAAGAUGUGGCCUCUAUUAUCCGGAGGCCAACCAAUGACUAUCGCCAUGCAUGAUGCACCCAUCAAAGAAGUUGCUUGGAUUCCUGAAAUGAAUCUCUUAGCCACAGGAAGCUGGGACAGGACUUUGAAAUACUGGGAUACAAGGCAGUCAAAUCCUGUGCACACACAGCAACUCCCAGAGCGCUGCUAUGCUAUGACAGUGAGACAUCCUCUGAUGGUUGUUGGCACUGCUGAUAGAAAUCUAGUAGUUUACAACUUGCAAAAUCCUCAGGUUGAAUUUAAGAGAAUUGUUUCACCCUUAAAGUAUCAAACAAGGUGCCUUUCAGCAUUCCCUGAUCAACAAGGUUUCUUGGUUGGAUCAAUAGAAGGAAGAGUUGGGGUGCAUCAUUUGGAUGACAGUCAGCAGGGUAAAAACUUCACUUUUAAAUGCCACAGAGAGGGAAAUGAAAUAUACUCGGUCAACUCUUUAAACUUCCAUCCUGUACACCACACAUUUGCAACUGCUGGUUCGGAUGGUGCUUUCAAUUUUUGGGAUAAGGAUAGUAAACAGAGGCUCAAGGCCAUGUUGAGAUGCAACCAACCUAUUCCUUGCAGCACCUUCAAUAGUGACGGUUCAAUAUUUGCUUACUCAGUGUGCUAUGACUGGAGUAAAGGGGCUGAAAAUUCUAAUCCUACAACAGCAAAGACCUACAUUUUCCUGCACUUGCCUCAGGAAUCUGAAGUCAAGGGCAAACCACGCAUUGGUGCUACUGGCAGAAAAUAGAGAAGAUUCUGCUCUGGGAUAGUGUAAUAUGUAUAUAGUUCACUAAUACUAGUAUAUAAUGGAGCCAAGGUAUUGGUUGAAAUCAAAGUAUAGAAGUUGAAUGGGCUGGUCAGAACUUGGAAGAAAUUAUCGACUAAUUAAUGAUAAAAACGUGUAUAUAAUGUGUGGUUUGUAUUUUACCUGUUUUAAUAUCAGGGGUGUUUUGACUUCUACAGUGAAGCACAUAAAGUAGGUUCUUUCAUGGUGCUAUAA